GCUUCCGGGCGCAGUCUUAACCCCUUCCCUGCCGCCCGGCUGUAACGCCGGCCGCCCCGGUUAGGGGAGGGUCGCACCCUCUACUCCUGAACAAAAACCUUGCGCCUCGCGCGCCAUUAACACAAUUUUCUUUGUAAGGCCGCAAAGUAAAGCAGGUGAUUCUCUAUUUAGGUGUCAAGAGGAAAAAAUGACACUCCAGUGGACGGCAGUUGCAACCUUUCUUUAUGCUGAAAUAGGACUCAUUUUAGUCUUCUGUCUACCUUUUAUUCCUCCUCAGAGAUGGCAGAAGAUUUUUUCAUUUAAUGUCUGGGGUAAAAUUGCAAGUUUUUGGAACAAGGCUUUUCUUUCUAUUAUAGUCCUAUUGAUUGUUCUGUUUCUAGAUGCUGUGAGAGAAGUAAGGAAAUAUUCCUCUACUACUGUCAUUGAAAAAAGCUCAGCCAGCAGACCUGGUGCCCAUGAACAUACCCAGAUGAAACUUUUUAGGUCUCAAAGAAAUCUUUACAUUUCUGGAUUUUCAUUAUUUUUCUGGCUAGUGUUAAGGCGUCUGGUUACCCUUAUUACUCAGCUGGCAAAAGAGCUGUCAAACAAAGGAAUACUUAAAACUCAAGCAGAAAAUACUGACGAGGCUGCCAGAAAAUUCAUGAAAGAGAAUGAAAAACUAAAACAGCUCUUGAAAGGCCAUAACAAAGAAAAGGAACACAUUUUGGAAGCAGAAAAUAAAAAACUGGUAGAAGACCAGGAAAAACUGAAAACUGAAUUAAAGAAGACUUCAGAUGCCCUGUCUAAGGCACAAAAUGACAUGAAGACAAUGAAAAUGCAGUCAGAGAGUCUUUCAAAAGAAUAUGACCGACUCCUAAAAGAACACUCAGAACUUCAGGAUCGUUCACGGAAAGACAAGAAAAGCCUCUGAACUGUAUGAAAGAAGAUCGUGAUACACCAUGUCAAGAUGAUAAAAUUGUUAUCACGUUAGCCUCUAGAAAAUUUAAAAUUUAGUUCAGAAAAAUGUACUAUGACUGGCCAAUAUUUUUUGAAAUUCCAUACGUAAGCUGUUAUCAUAAUGGCAUUAUCACAGUAUUUGAUGAUGUUUCACAUAUAUUGUAAAGUCUAUAUUCUGGCUCUUAAGUAAAAUAUAAGCAUGUUAAACAUUAUUUAGAUAGUCAUAGUAACACUGCUGUAUGGUGGCUGUUUACCAAUAGAAAGAAAAAUUCAUUAGCCAGUUACUUCCAAAAUUAGAUUUUUAAGUUGCAUGAAACCAUUAAUAGCCUUUAAAAGCUUUGAUGAGUUUCCACUAAUAAUAACCUAUUUAAUCAGAUGAUGCUAGUGAUUAUGUAUUUGAGUAUGUAUCUAGUAUCAGCAAACUUGUUCAUAGAGAGAUUAAAUAAGGAUGAAUGAUCAAAAUUUGCCACUAUAUUAAUAGGGAAGGGUCAGAAAGAGCAAAAAGUAAAAAACAGUGACCUUAAAGCCUGAUGGUACAUACUAUGGUUUACUCUCAUAAAACAACUUUUUAUAAUUAUAUUUUUGUUACUAUGCUUCUGCACCUGUUGGACUAUUUUUGUUGACAUUUGUGUUAAUAACUAGUAAGCAAUCAACCUUUUUAAAGGUCAUCUAGCAGUGGAGUUUACAUCUAUUUGCACAACUGUCACAACACUGAACUAAAAUUAUCUUACGACAAUUUGGAAUUCUUGAAUCAGAAAGUUAAUGUAUAACAUAUCCAAAAAGCAAGUAUUUCCCAUUGCUGUGAGAGUUACUGAUUAUUCAGAUAUUACCUCAAAUAUACAUACACCGGUGUCAGAGUUUCUCUGACAUGUUUUUGUAUUCUGAAAGCUAAAUAUUAAAUACUAUUUUUCCAUUCAAAUAUUCAUUUAGAGUUUCCUUUAGAAGAUGAUAAUGAUUAUAGCAUUAAUAUGAUUUAGGUUGUUCCAGUGUUUAGACAUGGAAAUUGUCUUCCUUGUCUCAUAAAAACCUAAAUAUAAAAGAAAAUGGAAAAUAAUUACUAGAGUUUUUAUUUUCCUGAUACUUGUUUUAUCUUUUGUUGUUUAUUUUCAUUUUAGCACCAACUUCACACAUAAUUUUUUUCAUUGUAAAAUGGAUGAAAUGAGCAAGUACGUAAGACUUUUAUCUCAGAUAAAAGCCAAGAGUUAACACUAGAAAACAACAUGUAGGAGACAUUUAACAGGAGUAAGAAAUGGGAGUUAGACCAUCUGGACUGACAGUACCAUAAAUAACAAGAAAAGGGAGUGCUGGAGCAGGACAGAACUAAACAAAUGACAGCUCAAAGUGUCAACUUAGAAAUAUCAAAGUUAGAGCUACAUGGGUAUAUACAUAGCGAGUGAGUGUGAUUCUGGCUUACUAUACAGAAAUCAAGUUUAAUGACAGAAUAACAUACAGAAAAGGAGAAGAUAUACACCUUUAGAAUUGGCAGACCUAAAAUCUAAUCCCAGCCUCACAAUAAUUUAGCCGUGUGAUUUGAACAAAUUAUUUAAACCUGCUAGACUUCCAUUUCCUCAAUUCCAGAAUGGGAGUAAUAACGUUUAGAUCAGACUGCACAGCAAGGAGAAAGUCUGGGUGCUCUUUGAAGAGCAUGAGGAUUGAAAGAUUUUCCCAGAUCACUUUAAAGUGUACAUUUAAGUAAUCUUAAACUUCAACUUUUAAUUUUACAGAUGGGCAACCUGAGCCUCAAACGUUUGAGUCAUUUUCCCAAGGUAACAUGAAUGGUUAGAUUUGGGGCCCGAUCUGAAUCUAGAAUUCAGGUGUCCUGGUUCCCCAGAAAAUACUCCAGAUUUUAUAAACAAAAACUACCUAUAUAAUUUACUAAACAAAAUAUUGCCAUGAUUUAUCCCGGGUUUGAACCAGGGACUUUGGAUUCAGAGAAUCUGUGUACUUUACCACAAUACCAAGCUGCCUCUCCAAUAUGCUUGUUAGUUCUUAUUACUCUCCUUGCCAAUGAUGGUGUUUAGCAAAAAAUAAACAUGUAUUCUCAAUUUA